UUUUUUGCAACCUUUCAGUAUGCCCACCACCCCCAGAAAUUGCAAUAACACUCGAGGAAAAAUGGAAUUUUUUUUAGAAAUUUUGUCGGACAUAGUACGUUUUCUAUUCUUCCUCUUAGACGUGGUACUUGACAUUUGGGCAGUUGUGACUUUUUAUCAGGAGGAGGCAUACAUCAGUAUGGGAGUGCUAAUCUUCGUGUUGGUGGGAUCGUCUGUGUUGGUGCAGGCAUUCAGCUGGCUUUGGUAUAACUAUGACUCUAAACUUCUUUCUGAAGAGUUUGAAUUCCUGAAAAAGUACAGAAAUAGAGGACUACUUGGUGUACUUCAUGUGUGCCAACUGGGAGUCUUCCUCAGGUUUGCAAGCAUGAUGGAGAUCUCUCUGCGUAACAGAAAUCUCUCAUCGAAAGAUGGACAGAAGGAGGGCAUCGUUGUCUUCCUGAGCAAUGACCUCAGAUUGCUGCGCCUCAUCGAGACGUUCUCCGAGAGCGCUCCACAACUGACACUAAUGAUGACCAUCAUCGUGCAAAGAGAGGAAGUGGAAUGGGUCACAGGUCUGAAGACGUUGGGUUCCUUCGCUGCAAUUAUCUCCAGUGUGGUCAUGUACCACCGCGCCACGUUCAAGGCUAAGGUCAAGGUCAAGAUGACCUGGAUGCCAUCUCUAGUGUACUUCCUGUGGAACUUCCUCCUGAUCGCCCCGCGUCUGGCAGCAGUGGCCCUCGCUGCCUCCACCCUGCCGUACGGCAUGAUUGCAGUUCACUUCCUCCUCCUGUGGAUCACAUUUUUCCUAUGGGCCUGGUGGCAGAAAACAGACUUCAUGGACACCAAAACGGGGGAAUGGCUCUAUCGGGGCACUGUCGCUCUCAUUUGGUACUUCUGCUGGUUCAACGUGUCCCAUUACGACUGCAGGGGAAGGGGUUUCAUGUAUCGUUUCAUCAUAGCAGUGGACAGUGCCAUCCUUCUGGGGCUGUGGUGGUGGGACUGUGCUCAGGCUUCAGUGUUUGGCAUAUCAGCAUGGGUUGUGUUAGUUUGUGUGGGUUCAUCCUAUAUAGUAGGAAUAAUAGUAAAUGUUCUAUAUGACAAAUUAUGCCAUCCAAAGAGGUCAGCCGCUAAAGACAAGUCAGACACAGACGAUUCAGAAAAUAUCCUGGCGCCACAAAAGGCCUGUCUUGGGGGAGAGACGCCAAGUAUGGACGAGGCGGGUAUGGACGAGGCGGGUAUUGGCCCAAUUAAGGCGCCAUCACCUCCACCUCCACCGAAGUCUUUGACUGGGGCUCAGAAGAGAAUGCAGAGGUUGGCUGAUAUUUUUUAG